AAUAUAUCAAGCAAGAUAUAUUAUGUGUAUUUUCAUGUGUGUGUGUAUAUGCAUUCUCUCCAUGAGCUUCAUGAGGUCGUCACCUGAAAUAGUUUCCAACAGUCUUGAAGGAGUUCCCAGAGAUGCUGAGCACUUGUUGGUCCUUUUCCCUUCACUCUGCGCUCCAUCUCAUCCCAAACCAUCUCCACUGGGACUGGGUCAGGUGACUGUGGAGGCCAGGCCAUCAGCACUCCAUCACUCUCCUUGUUAGUCAGAUAGGCCUUAAACAGCCUGGAGGUGUGUUUGGGGUCCACAGAUGAACCCUGACAGGCACACCUGUGAGGUGAAACCAUUUCAGAUGCAGUCCCACAGUCCGUCCACCCGUUUCAUCUCCAUGGCGCCGCCCUCCGAGCACGGAAACCUCAUUUAUACUGGCAGCCUGGGUUUAGCUGUUCGGGGGGUGAAGAUGUUCUCGUACAGCACUAGUGCAGCCAGCCUCUUCCUCAUGCCACAAAUACUCCUGAAAACUGGACUCGGAGUCCAGAGUUUUGCCUUGCAGGCAGCUUUCUGUGGAGUCAUUGGCUUUUUUACCUUCCUUACUCCCAUCCUUCUUCACAUCAUCACCAAGGGUUACAUAAUCCGCCUGUACCACAACCCAGACAAAGAUGUCUACACAGCAGUCACCUACAGCGUGUUCCUCACCGAGAAAAAGAGCGUGUUCCACCAGAGCCAGGUGAGGAUCCCAGCUGUCAGUAAGAUGUUCACUACUUUCUACGCCGGGCAGGUGGGGUUCCUGGUAAACCCGGACAUUUUCCCCGUCCCGCACGACUACAAUCAUCUGAUGGGCUACGAUAAACCGUUCAGUUUCAGAGCAGAUGACAUGGACCAGCCUGACAAGAGCUGAGACUUAAGGAGGCAGAAUGUUGUUGAUCAAGUAAACCUGAGUGCACAGCUCAGACUCUGUGUCUACCAGAGAGAAACAUCCACGGACAAAAUGCUCCCACGUGUUGUCUUCAGUAUAAUAAUGGGAAUUAAGUGUUAAUAAAAUAAAAUUCUAACUUUAUUAUCCUGA